GCAAGUGAGGUGGGAAAUCUGGGUAAGGGCUGUGUUUUUAAAAACUACAGUCCCCAGCAUACACUGGGACACAACAAAUCCGCCCAGAACGGUACGGAGUAACGACUAAGCAAUAGGUUCUCGAAGGAGGUUGUAUGAACUGGGUUAAGGCGCCGCGCAGGAGAAGAUUCUGAAGCGUUAGCAUGUCCCGGAGGGACAACAGGAAAUCCAGCAAAAAGUGUGACACUUCAGACAGCAAGCAUUCCAAGUCUUCCAGUGACAGGAGUUCGGGCCAUUCUAGCUUAGCUUCCUCAGAAAGUGUUACAAAAAAAUACAAAGGGACAGAAGUCAGUAAAUAUAAUGCCGGAGAACAGCCGCAGAGUCAAAGGGUUUGUGAUGGCGCUGGAUACACCAAAGCAAAAAGAAGCCUUGAUCUCAAAGAUUUUGGGAAACAGACUUCAGAAGGAGCCAGUAGCAACAGUUCUGUUUUCUUGCCCAUUGAGAAGCGUGAAAAGAUCACUUUGCAUUUUAAAAAUAAGGCUAAACGUGAGGGAGAUGGAAGAAGCAAUAAGGACACUACAGCAGCCUUUCCUAGCAGCGGAGGCUCUGGAUCAGACGCCUGCAGUGAAUCUGAUGCUCAAAGAAGGAAAAAGAAGUUGGAGGACUUGAAGGUCCUAAACAGCUGGGAGAAGAACAGAAAAAAGGCCAGAGUGGAACGCACCAAACUAAAAGAAACCAUAGUGAAGCGCGUGCUAGAGCAGAUUGGGGAAACUGUACUUCCUACCCUGUGCUCCCCCCACCAUACAGAAAAGCCUUCUAAUUUGAGCAGCAGACCACAGAAACCUUCCAAAAAGCCAUAUCCAGCCCUUGAUGAUUCCUCAGGUAGAAAGUUGUUCAGACAAGGAGGCAGAGAAGAGCUUCCAGGAAAGCAUGCUUCACCUGCACUACCUAGAAAAAGCGACAAGGAGAUGAAACAUAUUCCUGUGACUGAACUGUCCAAAGGUUGGAAGUAUCAGAAGCAGAAGGAACAGCGAUGUCUUGAAUCCGUCGAUAGUAUUUGCAGUGCAAGGGCACACAGAAGGAGCUGUGAGGAAGAAGUUUUACAUAUUAAUCAGAACACCAGAGGUCUACAUCACUCUUGCCUAGCUGAACCUACCGAGACUGCAAAUAUAGACCAAGAGAUGCAGAUAGUAGAAGAUUUGCAUGCUGCUCGGGUUGACAAAAAGAUAGCUUUACCUGUGGUGGAGACUUGUGGAGAGUUGACCAGCAUGGAGAUAGAUCUUCCAGAUGAGGAAGCAAACAAGUUUUCUAGAAACCUUUCUGACAUGAAUACUUUGAUUGUGAUUGAUACUAACAUACUGAUCAGCCAUCUAGAGCUCAUCAAGUCUUUGAAGAAUACGGAUAUCCCAGGCAUUGGCAAAUUUGGGCUUGUCAUCCCCUGGGUGGUCUUACAGGAACUGGACAAUUUAAAGAAAGGAAGAAUCUUGGCAAAUGUUGCUCAGAAGGCAAUCCCUGCUGUGCACUUCAUCCACAUGUGCCUGAAAGACCAGAAUUCGAAGCUGUGGGGACAAUCUGUGCAACUUGCUUCUCAGCAAACAUAUGGCUUCAGUAUUGAGAACAAUGAUGAUCGUGUGUUGCAAUGCUGCCUGCAGUACCAGAAACUCUUCCCUCAAGCCGAAGUUGUAUUACUGACGGAUGAUAAAAACUUGUGCAAUAAGGCCCUCGUGAGUGAAGUAAAGGCGCUUAGGAAAGCAGAGCUGGUUACUGCCCUCCAGAAGGUGGCUGUAAAUAGUGCCGCUUGCAGCACUCGGUUGCAAUCAGGAAAAGAUGCAGAGCCCCAGAACCUUAGAGAGAGGUCUACUGACCCUCUUUCAGGCAUUAUUUGUGACCUUGAAAAAAGCUUGGGAGAAGUUUUGUCAUCUAUAUUGCAAACAGAAAUGAAGAUUGCUUAUGAAGACUUGUGGACAGAGGUAGUGUAUCGUACGCCUCCAUGGACUUUAGCAGACCUACUAGAGUGUUACAAAAAACACUGGAUAGCUGUUUUUGGACAGAUCAUACCAAGAAGCUUUCUUUCAACCAUUGAAUAUUUAUCAACACAUCUCUGUAAAGCGACCUCAGCUGAAAAGAUUAGCCAUGCGACGACCGAGCAGGUGCUUCAGGAAACCAAAAUGUUGUUGGAGAUGUUCAGCUUAAGAUCAAACUAUGAUGGUGCCCUUCCACAGGCCUUUGCUUCAGUGAAUAAACUAUGUGAGACUCUCAAGAAGAUUAAGACAGGUACUGGACAGAAUUCUUCAGAAGCUACCUGUGAAAAAAUGGAAGAUAUGACUUUAACUCAACAUACUGAGGCAAGAACCGAGUCACUACCAACAGAGCCACUGGCUCAGGGAAAUAGGCGCCAAGAAAUCUGGUCUGUCCUUGAAAGUGUCUGGAACACAAUGAACCUAUACAGGCUUGAAGUUUUCCAGAAGCUGGAUCUCAGUGCAAUAGACACCGUUCAGUACAGGCCGUCGUUCAAAGAAGCUUUCUUAGGCCUGCAGGAAUUAAUGGCAGCUGUGAAUGAAAUUCUUGCAGGAAUCCAGCAAAUUUUAAUGCCAAACAGUAGCUUUCAGGACGUCUGGACUCUCUAUAACUUCUUAAUUAAAAACAAGAUAAACACUCGCAUAACAUUUACUGCUGAAGAGUUCUAUGACUGUGUUUCCCAGGGGAUGUACAGGGAACGGUUGUCAAUUUGUUGUAGCCAACUAAUUCAACUGGAACAUGCUGUUAAACAGUUCUAUGAAUCUGUUGCUUUGGAAACCAAAAACAGAGGAUGGCUGUGA